AUGGGAGGCACAGACUUUCGGGGAGGGAACGGCGGCGGAUCAUUUUAUCCCAGCGGCCAGCAAGGCUUUGGUACAGGCAACGGAUACAUGGGCGGAGCAGCUGGAGCUGGCAUGGUAGGCAAUGGUAUGACAGGUAACGGUAUGGGAGGUAGCGGUAUGGGUGACAAUGGUAUGGAGGGCAUUGGAACGGGUGGAUAUCCUAUGGGGAGCAACGGCAUGGGUGGCAUCUAUCCGCAAGCUGGUGGCAUGAGCAACGGCCCUGGAGCUGGGACCGGUGCAGGCAUGGGUAGUGACGGCACCGGAGCUGGAUCCGGCGGCGGCAUGAGCGGAUAUGCUGGAUCUGGCAAUGCUGCCUUCGGAAACCGAGGCAGUACCGUUCCAUCUGGCUACAUUCGCUACAACGGUCAGCUGAUGACCAUCGGCCAGUACCAGCAAGCCCUUGCUGGUGGUUCUUCCUCCGGUCCUUCCUCAGAUUCGCAAUCUCUUUCUCGUCGAGACGUGCUCCAGGCCGACUCGUCCGCGUUCUUCGUACACAAGCGUCAAGCCGACUCCUCUGACGGCGCUCCUCAGCCUUCGUCGGACGGUAACAGCCCGCCCGCUCGAAAAGGAAAAACCCCUGUCGCCAAAGUCCUCAUGUGCAUCAACGGCGAUCCCGCCGUUCCCCCCAUCAAAUUCAACACCAUGACCGGUAUGCGCCUUCGUGACGCUUCGGUGCCCAAGGACGGUGUGGUCGACAUCACCAACCUGCCCAACUAUAAGAUGCCCUGGAUGCCCUUCCUACCCACGGCAGAGAUGUGGGCCGAACAGCAGGAGCUCAUGCUUGCUCAAGAGCAGAUGAUCGAGACAAACAUGACUACGGCUCCUUCCCCCUCGCGUUAA